AUGACUUUUGAAAACUCGCAAAAACUAACCGAAGCAGCAGCAGGAGCACCGGGAAGAUUCCGAGGGGAAGGAGGGUUUGGAGGAAAUGGGGAAGGAAUGAGCCGCGGGAGUCCGUCUCUCGGUCCGUACCCGCAUCCCGGGUUGAACGGAGGUGAUCCGCGCUUGCAAGGGUUUUCCGAUCCCGGCGGGCCGUUCGACCAGCGUGUUUCCUCGUUAGAAGGGUCCCCGUUUGGGAGAAAGUCCGUGGAGGCAGGCAGAGGCUCUCCCAGCCGAUCGUCUCUUAGUAACUGGCCGUAUGGGGCGAAUGAGGGCGAAACGGAUAGAGGAAUAGGCGGAGGAGAGGGGCGUGGGGACAGCCGGUUAACCCUUCGCGGGGAGCAGUUUCCGUCUGCCCAGCAGCAGCAGCAGCAGGGUGGGAUAAUGGGUGCAGUGACUUCGAAUGCUAACGGUGGAGCCUUUAACGCGGACGAGCUUACUCUGGAGCAGCUGACCGACCCUGCUGCUGUGGCGGCGCUGGAAGGCCCGUCGAGCCAGCAGACGAUUAUGGACCUUCUCGCCGCUGCCGGCAACGCCUUCGCCGCUCCACAGUUGAAAGCCUCUGGCCUUCACCAGCAGCAGCAGCAGCAGUAUCCGCAGCAGGAGCAGCAGCAGCAGCAGCAGUUUCAGCAGCACCACCAGCAGCAGCAACAGCAGCAGCAGCAGCCGCAGGCGCAGCAGGGAAGGGCGCAGGCAACAGCGCGCAAGCUAUUCAAUGACGACAUGUUUCCGCCCCUGGGCUCGCCCUCCGCCCCCCCGCCCGGCAAGGCCGGGAUGAGCGCGCAAGGCAGUGGCGGCGGGACGGGGAGAGGCGCAGCAGGCGCGGAGGGGGAUGGGGCUGAAGGCGGCGCCGGUGUUGGAAAGGGCGCGGAGGAUGUGAGGAAUUCUUUGGAGGCGCUGGCGGAAGAUAUGAAAGCGUUCGACCUCUCUGGUGACCCGACUGGUGACUCGGCAGAGGAGGCGGAGCGCAAGGAGCAGCUCAUGCGCACGCUCACGCGCGUGGCGGGCGCCACGUACCCGUCCGCGCAGCUGUUCCUGUACGGCUCGUGCGCCAACUCGUUCGGCGUGCGCAACUGCGACGUGGACGUGUGCCUGGCGUUGGACGGCCCAGAUGUGUCGCGUGUGGAGGCACUCACCCACGCGCGUGUGCCGAUAGUGAAGUUCAUGGAUCCAGCAUCGGGGGUGGCGUGUGACAUGUGUGUCAACAACCUGGCAGCCGUGGCCAACAGCCGCCUGCUGGCGGACUAUGGGCGCCUGGACGAGCGCGUGCGCCAGCUGGCGUUCCUCGUGAAGCACUGGGCGAAGCGGAGGCAGAUCAACGAAACUUUCCGCGGCACACUUUCUUCCUACGCCUACGUCAUCAUGUGCAUCCACUACCUGCAGCAGCGCCAGCCGCCCAUUCUGCCAUGCCUGCAGGAGAUGCAGCCGCACACAUACCGCGUGCAGGUGGGCGGCGUCGUUUGUUCCUACUACGACAAGGUGGACACGCUGCAGGGCUUUGGGGCGGCGAACGGGGAGACGGUGGGCGAGCUGCUGGCGGGGCUGUUUGAGUACUGGGCCUUCCGCCACGACUACAACCGCUGCGUCAUCAGCAUCCGCACCGGCGGCUUCCUCAGCAAGGAGGAGAAGGAGUGGACGAGGCGAGUGGGCAACGAGAGGCACCUGAUCUGCAUAGAGGACCCUUUUGACCUCGCCCACGACCUGGGCCGUGUGGUUGACCGCGCCUCCAUCCGCGUGCUGCGGGAUGAGUUCCACCGCGCCGCCAAGCUCAUGAGGCACGACCCCGAGCCGUAUGUCACGCUGUUUGAGCCGUACGUUCGGGAAGAUGAACGGUGA